UAGGUCUAGUGUGACGUCACGGUAGCCUAGUUGGGUUAGGUUUUACGCUGGAAAUUCUAACGAAAAAUUUUUUGUUUGACGAUUAAUGUUUUUCCCAUUGUAUCUGCUACAUCGAGCGACGUGAAGAGCUAACGCAGUGGCGAGCAGUAAUCAUAUUUCAUAAAUCGUUCGAUCGCGAGACUUCGCGCUAUCGGCGUAUAUGAGAUUUUAAACGGAAAAUGAAUCGACAUGACGGGGUAAGUUGUGACGCCUGCUUAAAGGGGAAUUUUCGGGGUCGCAGAUAUAAGUGCCUCGUAUGCUACGAUUAUGAUUUGUGUGCCAACUGUUACGAAGGAGGUGCCAGUACUACACGUCACCACAGUGAUCAUCCUAUGCAGUGUAUACUUACUAGAUCUGAGUUCGAAUUAUAUUAUGGUGGAGAGGCAGUAAGUGUAGAACAACCGCAAUCUUUAACUUGUCCUUAUUGUACAAGAAUGGGUUUCACUGAAGCUACACUACAAGAACAUGUUGCUGCAGAUCAUUCAGAUACUUCAUUUGAAGUUGUUUGCCCAGUAUGUGCAUCUAUUCCAGGAGGGGAUCCGAAUAACGUGACUGAUGAUUUUGCGGGUCAUUUAAGUUUGGAACAUCGUAGUGGACCAAGAGAUUUGAUCUCUUUUCUAGAUGAACCAGCUUCAAGUAGAUAUACUGGUAGACGGAUAACACAUUCAUCUAGAGUUGUUGGUGGGCCACGGCCUCGCAGGUCCAAUAUGCAUUUCAGUUCGUCUGGAGGAUUGAGUCCGAGUAGUCGAGAAGGUAUAGAUCCAAUUACAGAAUUACUUUCUCAAUUAUCCGGUGUUCGUAGAAGUGGUGGAGGAACUGGUCAGAGUUCGUCAGCACCAACGCAAUUACAUCAAUUGCAAAUGCAGCUACAGUUAGAACGACAACAAGUUAGAGCUGCUAGACAACAAUUGGAGCGGUUACCUAGGAGGCAGACUCAAGUUCUUGGUUCUGCAAGUUGUGGAGGAAUUAUUAGUGGAAGUGGUCAUUCUACUACUAUGACCAAUGUGGUAGCAAAUAGUACGACUAGUAACAAUAAUACAAAUAAUGUGGCGAACCCGUCCGGCGUAUCAUCUACCAGUUCACAGAAUUAUAUGUUUCUAUUGCCAAAAUGUAUUACCAGUUCUCUCUCUGACUCACAGUUGCAAAAUAUUGAACGUGAAAGUGCAAAUAGAAGUCUUUUUACGUGCGAACUUAUUCUUGGAACACUUUGUCAAACAUUGCCGGAAUUAACACAGGAACAAUCUGUAGCACAAACACCAGUAUCAAGUGCAACUACUGCUACAAACAGUCCCGAAACACCAAAUGCUAAUUCUUCCACAAUUUCUACAAAGAAAUUAAAUGUAACUCAAGAAGCGAAAAGGGAUCAAACAAUGAAUAAACAUGUAACGCAGACAUCUACGCAACAAUCACAUACUGUUCAGACUACUACUGCUGGUAGUGUAGGGACAGGUCUUCAAAGUCAAGGAUUGCCUCCAAAUUCUAAUAACCUUGCGUUACAAAAUACACCUAUGGUUCAAACACUGAUGCAUAGUGUAUUACCUGAAUCAUUGGUAUUGCAGGAACCACUGUCACUACCAUAUAGUAGAACUAUCAGAGAACCGAUAGUAACUCCAGCGCCAGCGUACCUUAGAGGUGGAGUUGGUCCAGUUGGCGUAACAGGUCCUUCACGUAGGAAGCCGGUUAGAGCUGUAGAUGGCAGAAACCAAUCUACGGAACCUCCGCCCCCACACUAACCCUUCCUUAGCCCGUACCCAUCCACCCUGAUUCCUCACAGGACCCUCUAGCACUAGUCCUAGCACUGUUUAGAACACCUCAUCAUUAUUGUUAUUAUUAUAAUAUUAUAUAUUAAUAAUUAUUCAAAUGCCCUCCUCCUCACCCUCCCUAUCUUAUCACUUCUCAAAACUCUAAUCUCGCCAUCUUUUGUCGUUACGUGACAUGGAACAAGGGCAAGGGCUGAUUCGCCGACAUAUGCAAAUAAUGUAAAUAACUCACUUCUUGCAGUCAUAUACACUCCUCGCCAGAGGUUGAAAACGGUUAUAAUAUGAGUUCGGAUUCUCGAAACAGUUGUAAGAACCGACAUAAUGUAACAGUUGUAGGUGAAGAAAGUUCUGAGGGUGCAGGACCUAUAUCGGUUAUGGAUACAUUUCUGGAAUUUGUUAUGUUUUAUAAAUCAGUUAUGUAUCAAUUCUGUACGUUUCUAAAAAUACAUUAAUUAUAUAUCAAUUUUGAAUUGAUUGAACAUUAAUUUAGUAUUAAUUUAAGAUAUUGUUAACACUAACAUUAUUAAUUUUUAUAAUAUAUCAGUUAAAUAUUAAUUUUGUAACAAUUAUAAUUAUUGAUUAUUUGUCCUUUUAACAAAAUGAUAUAGAAUAUUUUUUAUACAAAAAUAUUUAUUUCUAUAGAUUUCAAAUCAAAACUGUUCAUUAAUUGCUCAAGAAUAUAUCUAUAUUUCACUUCUGGUCCAUUUAUUUUAAUAGUUAUUCUUCAGAAUUUGUUUACAUGUUACAAUAUAUUUUUUUAUCAUUGAAUUUCUUUAUUUAGUGUAAAUCAAAAUUUGUUCUUGUAUCUUAUUCUAUAUAAAAAAAAGUGAAUUGAAAAACAAAAUGAUAGGAAUCUAACUUUUACAAAAUCGAUGUAAUAAGAGAAUGCAACAUUAUAAUCAGAACCGAUAAAAAUCAGAACUUAUUUUUAUCUAUAAUAAUUUUAAUAUUAUUUUGGUUCUUUAUAAUUGUUUAAUUAGAAUCUUCACAUAACAUUUAUUAACCGUUAUUUAUGGAACUUUCUCAAUCUCUGCUCCUCGUACACGCUCUUCAGCGAGUCUUGCCACGUUCUACAUCGAUAUUAUAUCCACUUACAAUAACUUAAUCGAGGCUAGAGACGGGCAGGUAAAAAUAAUAAUAAUAUAAUUAUAUUAGCGUUUUAUGUUUGGUGGUUGUAUGGGUUUGUUAGAACAGAAUUAGAUUGAUAAAAUACUCAGUUUUAUUUAACACGUAAAACCUCGGGAAUGUAGAAACUUUAACAAUUCACAAGACGCACUGCCCGUCAUACGCACCAGUUUAAUUGUGUUUAAUUUAAACUGGUAAAAUUUUUUUGGUCGUCGAAUAUUAAAUACAUUUCUUAAAAAUUAAUUAUUAUUGUCAUAUAUAUCUUUGAAAUAUGUUUAAUGAUAAAAGAUUUAUAAAUUUAUCUGGGUUGGUCCGUUUACAUUUAACGUAUCUUAAUCAUCAGACAUUAUUUUAAAGAAAAAUAUUAACAAUUUUAAUCUAUAAUUUAUGGUAUUAUAAAAAUUUAUAUGCAUUUUGUUAGAAAAGUUUUAAGUAACCAAUUAUCGAGGUUUAAAUUAAUUCAAAAUCAAUAAUUAAAGUAAAAAUUAAGUUGGCGGACCAUCCCUUGAUAUAUUUCAAUUGAAUAAAUUAAAAUUUUAAAAUGGAGGGAUUAAAUUGGGUGCUAAAAUGUUAAUUAAAUAAAUCUUAAAUCAUUUUUUCUAUUAAAAUCAAUCGUAUUUAUUUAUAGCAUUUGUUAUGAACUUUUUUUUUUUCGUUAAUGUUUUGAAUUUCUCCAUACAUUGCACUAAACAUGUUUUAAAAAUAUUAUAUGAAUUUUUUUUAAACGUUCAUUUAUGUAUCUAUAAUCGCUCCAUUUUAUAAUGUGAAACGAAAUAAUAUUUGUAUGUGUGUUCGCUCUUUUUUUCGAUAAUAGAGACUUUAUUGAUUUGGUAUAUAUGAGAAUUAUACGAUGUAUCGAAGAAAAAUUGAGGAAUGUUUGUAUUCUUCGAAUUGAAAGAUACUAAAAGUAUAAAGUUAAUAUUUCUUUUACAUAGAAUUUAAUCGAAAACAAUGCAUGUACGUAAUAUGUGCGUAUGACGCACGCAAAUGCAUUCGAAACUUGUGAAGAUUCUACUGAAAGUAGAACCUGAAAACGCUCGUACAAACGAGCAAUAAUUAUUUUUCAAUUAUGUUUAACUCUUACUGCUCCCUCCUCCCCUUUUUUUUUUUUAAUUUUUGCCUAUAUUUCUUGUUUAUCAUUUAUGUACAUUUCAUAUUGUAAUUAAUUUCCCUUGUAUUACUUUCUGAUCUUAUGUUAUUUGAUUUGUGGGUGUAUCUGCAAGAUGUGGAUGAAAAUGAAGUAAAAUUAUACAUAUACAUAUAUACAUAUAAACUUGUAAAAAGUUAUGCAAAAUAUGUAGCGUGUGAUUUAAUUUUUUUGUCUUAUGCUUUCGCGUGUUCUGGCAUUCUCGAUGGUAAAUUCAAAACCGAGUUACUUAUGACGUUACAAAUAACCAAAGGUAUUAAAAAUAUCAUACGUUUCGUUCUUUUUUAUUUUCCUUGAAUCUUUCAUUCAAUUAUAAUUUUAUAUCUUCAUUUAAAUAUAUUAUCCGCUUCACGCACCUAUUUUCGGAUAUUUCUAACUUCUCAUAUUUCUCUUAUGAUGUAUGAGUUGGAAACAAUAUAUAAAAUAAUGAAGCAACGAUAUGUAAAAAAAAAAGUAUACUAAUUGCCUUAACGCGAAAUGCCUGAAAAGAGAAAAGUCCAGACUUUUGCGGAAUGUGUGGUUAAUCAAAAGAAUCCUUCGCACGUGAUACUUAAAUAAAAGUGAUGCUGUAUACUGAUCCAAAGUGAAUAAAUAUGUGCAUAUCUAAAAUUGAAAGAUACGAAUAAAAAAGGAUAAAAAAUGAAUUUCUCAUUGAUGUGCACACUUCGAUGACUGAUAAACUAAUUAUUUUUCAAAUUUUACACGAAUUCAUAAGCGUAUAAUCUCAGAACGAAGCAAGACUCCAAGCACGUUUAAUACAGAAAAUUAAUUACAUCAAUUAAAGAAAGGAAAGAAAGAAAUAAUUAACAAGAUUUGCUAUGUAUUAAAUAACUUCAUAUAAAGUCGAAAAUUACAACUGUUUGUUUUUUUCUUCUAUUCUUGUCAUUGCGAACUUAUGUUCCCCUUGUUUCCACGUCACUUUGGGAUUGUAAAAUUUUGGAUUUUUACAUGUCUAUUUUAUUAUUAAUAUUAUUUUAUUAUGUUUAUCAUCAUAUGUAUUAUAUAGGAUGUAACAGGAAAAUGUCUGAUACAUCUCGUUAUCAGAAAAAAUGUUUCGAGGGAUAAUGUAACGCCUGUUCCAAAAGUUCAAUGCUGUAUUAAUAUCGUUAUAUUUUUAUUGUUAGGAUGUUUGUCAUAUUUUAUUCUGAAAUCUCAGCAUAAUCUUAACAAACAGCUUUUUACAUUAUAUAUGAAUAAAUAUAUAUAUAUAUAUAUAUAUAUAUUUAUUGAUAAAAAUGAAAAGAUAUCUUGGAGUAUCAUCGUAACGCUUAAAUUCUUCCUUUUUCUUUUCUUUUUCUUUAAAAAAAAAAGCAUACAUAAUUAAAUUCUUAAUUUAUAGAUAUUCUUAAAUCUUAAUUAAUUGCAUUAGAAAGUUUCGAUAUUUAGUAUUUUUAAGAAAUUAGUAUGCUUUAAAAGUAUCGACGAUUCUCUGGAUAUCCUUCAUGAAAAAAGAAAUAAAAUUAUCAAACAAUUAUUCUUGUGAAUGAAGUAACAAACAGAAAAAAAAUAUUCUUGGGUGGCUUAAACGGUUGUUUUUAUCACGUCCUUUAUCCGUAUGUCGUCGAGUAUAUCAGAAAAGAUAAUUUUCUGUCUGAAUUUUUAAUCGAAACUUUUACGCCCGACGAAUUAACAAAAAAGAAAAGAAAGAGAAUGAAAAAAAUAGAAGAAAAGACAACUUCACUAAGAAUAUAAUUCUGUCAAAGUAAAUGUAACCAGUUCUACAAUGAAUCAUGAAGAUUAAAGGUGGAAUUCAACCUCGUUACAUUUUUUGGAUUAAAAAAAAAAAAAAAAAAAUAAGAAAAAACAAAAAAAUAUGGAAUAACAUGGAACGCGUACGACAUUUUCCCCUUUUCUAUUCGAUGAAGAGAAUUUUCUUCUAAUGAAUUGAAAAAUUCGAUUUAUAUUUAAAUAUAUUUUUUGCAUCAUUGCCUAUAGUAUGAAUAUAAAUAAAUAAUAUAUAAAUAUGUGUAUAUACAUAUAUACAUACAUAUAUAUAUAUAUAUAUAUAUACACAUAUAUAUAUAUUAAAUAUACAUAUUAAAUAUACAUAACAUACAUUGACGUGAAUGUAUGUAUACUUCUACGCACUUGUAUAAGAGCAAUUGAAUAGUUGCAUUUGUGCGUAGAUUCGUCUUAUUUUCUUUAUUAAUUAAUAUAAAGAACGUGAGUUUACGUAUCAAAGUAAAAAUUAUGUAGAUGGCUAAAAAUAAGGAAGGAAACUGAGAAUAAUGCGAUUGAAAACACAAUACACACAAUUUAUCCUUAGGAAAAAAAUAAAAAAAUUUUAAAUUUAAUUAAAAUGUCGAUAAUUUUAAUUAUCAUAUUACACUCUUAUUACAAUACUGUUUCUUAUCUUUAUAAUCAAUUAUUAGCGAUUAAUAAUAGGGCUUAUAUAUAGAUGGUGGCCCAAUUAUACGGGAAGGAAUCCCUUUCUUUCUAUAAUGAUAUAUAUAUGUAUAUAUAUAUAUAUAUAUAUAUAUAUAUAUACAUAUACAUAUAUAUAUUAUUAAAAUAUAAUAAUUUUAACGAAGGGGAUGUGUCGUUGACAUUAAUAAUAUUGUAAUUAACGACGCGCGAAUCAUUCAUAAAAUUGUACUUUGUCAUUAAGAUGCUAUCUGAUAAAAAAAAAAGGAAAAAAAACAAAAAAAAAUAAUAAUAAUAAUAAAAAGAAAUAAUGAACGUGAGAAAGGAAACUUUCUUUUCUUUUUUAUUAAGAAUAUUUAUUAUACUAUAUUUUCCACAGUAUUUUUGUACUGUGAUGUAUGCGGAUGUGCAUGAUUAAGAACUGUCGCAGCGUUGCCUUCCUCACGUUAGAGUUUUAUUUUCCUUGAAAAAUUUCACAGUAAAUAAUAUUUAACGAAUACGACAUGAAUAGAAAAAAAUACAAGAUCUUUUUGGUAUUAAAUAAAAUUAAAUAAAAUUAAAUAAAACAAAUUCUCAAUUGGAGCAUUGUUCGAUUCAUAUUUUUGUUAUAUUAAAAUAUGUAAUGUUGUUAUAAUAUGAAAAUUUUUUAGUUUGUUUUAAUUAUAAUAAUAAUAAUAUAUUUAAUAGAAUCAUGUCGUGUUUAAGACGUUUGUCUUAUGCAUAUUAUUUUUGUUAAAUAUAUUGAAAUAUUUUAAGAUCGAUUAAUAUUUUUGACAAGGAAUUCUGACAAGUCUUACUUAUAAUCCUAGCCAAAGGAAGAAGCGAGUGGUGUACGGAGGAGAGCACGAUAGAAAAAUUUGUAGGACCUAGCAAAGCGCAUAUAAGUAAAUGUAUGUAACUAGAAAGAAGAGUGGGUUAAAAAACAAUAUAGCGGCUUUUGUAGCCCUCUAAAAUCCAAAUGAUUUUUUUCUACAUCUUCUUGUUUCAAGUGAUGAAGGGUGGUGUACGGGAUAUAAGGGUAGAAUCAAAACAAAAAUGGAUGUAAUAAAGCUUCCCCCACAUAAGUCCUUUCUAGUUCGUCGGGCAAACAAAGCAGUGUAAGAAUGAACGAAGGAAAACUGUAUGUAUACAUAUUUGUGUAUGUGUGUGCCUGUACGAGAAGAACAAAAGAAAAUAUGUUUCAUCUUUUUUUUUUUCUUUUUCAUUUUUUCUUUGCUUAUCAAAUAAUUUUCAUUUUAAGAAUUUCUCAAUUGAAACAUCGAUUAUUUUAUAAAUGGAUAUAUGGAUUACACAACCAGGUUGAAAUAAAUUAGAGAAAGAAACACAUAGAAAGUAAAUCUUCGAAUGCAAAUAUUGAAUUGCAAUUAGUAUUAUUGCAAAUUUACUGGAGUUAUGAACUUAAUGGCACGGCCGCAUUAAGCGUGAUCCACUGCCUGAGCUAAAGAAAUUAAAAAAUAAUUCAUGAUAAGCAUUCAUCGGCUUUAUAUAUGUAAGCUUCAAAACAAUGUUCACUCUUCGUUGUGAAAAAAUGCAGAUUUUCAUGUGUAAAUCUUUGAAAGACAAAAUGGUGGUAGAUGUUCUAGUUAUAUUAUGCAAAACUGAUCUCUUUAUGAUCAGUAUAGUAUUAGAUAUCGCACAAUCGUGCAUUCACAAGAUUACCUUAAUUCGGCCUUGCUCAUCGAUACAUGUAGUUAAAGAGCACUCAUUUUGUCGAGAAAACUAGAUUUUUGAUUUUUUAAUUUCGACAAAAUUGCUGUCAAAAGCAUCGUGUAACAAUGUAUUGAAUUUUUGCUAACAAUUUUUCUCUAAGCCUGCUCGAAAAUACAUAAUAAAAUUACAGUGACUAUUUGCGAAUUUUUACCUGAUUUUUAAAAAAUCGAAAAAGAAAUCGACCGAUACAAAAUGUAUGGGUGUAAUAAACGAAAGUGAAAAAGAGAAGAGAGAAAGAACAAAAUCAAAUGAAAAAAAUUAUGAUGAUAAAACAGAAAUAUUCUGCGUGACACGUUAAAAUGAAAAGUGUUAACGAAUAUUACUACUAAAGUAAUAAUAGGCAAUUAAAAUGAAGUCUUAUACAUAAUAAUUAUUGAAAUGUAAAUUGUGUUUGGUUGUAUUUUGUGUUAUUCGCCUCUGAUGCUAAAUAUAAUGGAAAUUCGAU